AUGACAAACCGAUUGUGUACGGUUCUUUUAGCUGCCGGAGUUUUCUCCGAAUCGCAUGUGACCUUCGCUAGCCAAAACACAGCGUCGGUUAGUGACUUCCACUCGGUUCCUGCUUUCACGGUGGAAGAACUAUCUUUUGGUCACCGAACCAACGAUCUUGCUGAAGCUCUUCGUUCUACAGGGAUGAUUGCUGUGAAGCUUGAUCAUCAUGUGAAGCACAACGAUUUUGAUAUUGCCGAAUCUCGAAGAAUUGCUUUGGGUGGCUUGUGCGGCUGCGCUAGCAGCGACGCUUCGUCGUUGUUCCAAUCUGUUUCGGGAGCUGACACUUCUCUACUCUCUGACGGAUUGACGACGCGCAGCACAUUUGCUACGGCUACAGUAGGAGGCACUCCUUUGCAGCUUCCAGUCGAAGGUCUCGAAAAGGCAUGCGGAAGGGAGACGACCGCAGCCAUGGAAUCCUUGCGCGACAACGUUGCAGUUGCUUCCCGAAGCUUCGUGUCUGCCGUAGACCGUCUACGCCGGGAUUCUUCAGCCCUACCCAACAGUCUUGCCCCUAUUCUGCAAAAUAUUCAAGGUGGAACUUACUCAUCGCUCGCGUCCAUUGUCAAAGCUUCUACGCACCUUGAGCACUUCCAUCUCUAUUCCAAACAACAAAGACAAGCUCCCAGCGGGAUGUCCCAAGCAUCGGAUAUGGAGGAAGUCCUCCAGGUCCACACUGAUGCAGGCCUCUUUUUGUCUUUUGUUCCGGGUCUCGCCUGUGGGAAUUCUCACACCAGCGAAAGCGAGCACUUUUCGGUUCUCAUUCAUGGGAAGCUCCAUCGCGCUGUCUUUCCUCCUGACUCGGUUGGUAUCAUGCUCGGAGCUGGAGCGCAGCAUUGGCUGAAGAACGUGGAUUCUUUGGAACUCCAUGCCACUCACCAUGCAGUUCAAAUGCCCAGUGGUUCGGCACGUGCCUGGUACGGAAUGAUGCAUCUGGUCCCACAGAACGCGAUAAUCCAAGAAGACCCCGAGCCAAAGACCUUUGCUGAUAUGCGAAAGGCAAUGGUGCUUUCCGGCUCCAAGACACACAAGUACGGCGGUGGCUCGCUCCAGACCGACGAAGCCCUUUCUAUUGGUUGUGGUGCGGGGUCUCAAAAAAUCAACGAUCACAAUUUCGGAUCAUUCGGCGUGUCAGCAAGUCGUCGACAUCGCCGUCGUCUUCAGAUGGUUGAUGAUGCAAGCGUCUGUAACAACUCGACAAAUUUCUAUUGCUGGAUGAGCUGCCUUGACAUUCCAGAAGCGCAAAAUGCCCAAGGUUACCUUAACGAAGGAUACUCGUUGUAUUGCCUGGACCCUGCAACCUUGUCAGCUUCUGGAAAUCGAGCAUCAAAAGCCAUGGAACCUUGCAUCGAGGAUGGAGUGGUGGGUCUCGCCAUGAAUGAAAAUUGCAUGGGAAGCUGGCAGCCAACUGCUCCUGGGGUUGUUGCUCAAGAGCUUGCCCUCAACUUUACCACCUCCGAAGAAGAGCCGUUCUGCUACGGUGGGACGUCCAUGUACAUGGACGGUUUCCACUGGCUAGACUCAACCUGCGUCAUCUAUCUCUUCCCCGAAUGGGUUCUCAGUACACCUGGAAAGUUGGUUGCGGCAUGUGUAGGAUCGAUUUUCUUUGGAAUGUCUCUUGAGGGUGUCAUUCGAGGUCGUCGUGAUCUGGUUCAGUCUAUUGCUGUUGGCUGGAAGCGCCUCUUCAUUUCGUCCGGCAUCUACGGUCUGCAGCUUACAAUGGGAUACUUCAUCAUGCUCGUUGUCAUGACCUAUUCAGGACCACUUUUCAUGUGCGUCGUUCUUGGCCUUAUGUUCGGUCAUAUUGCCUUCAACGCAAAAGACGUUUUGAAAGCCAAAAAGCAAGAAACUAAAGAAGGUCAAGAAGAGUGUUGCGGAAAAGAAGAUGAAAGCGAAAUUACUGACGAAGAAUUGUCGCCUUGCUGCCAGGGUGGCAUGGAGAAGAACAAUGUUACAAAGGUUUCCGCGAAUGUUCCGGAAGGCAGUACACCGUGCUGUCAGAAUUUAUUGUAG